CGCGCCACGCUGUCACCUCCGCCCCGCAGACUGCGCCAACAUGGAGCAGAAGCUGGCGGAGUUCAGAGCUCGGAAAAGAGCCGCAGCGGCUGCGAACAGCUGCGAGGCGACGGAGAGCCAGGCUAAAGCGCAGCCGGGGUCGGUAGCUCAGCCUCCCGGCUCUGCGUCCGCCCCGAUCAACCCCGACACACCGGACCAGCCGGAGAAAACUGCGAUAUACACAGAUAGCGCACAGGCUGGUCCCGACUGGCUGAUGGACAGCGCUGUGGGCCGCUGGCUGGGGCUGCGAUGCCUGGCCAUGACGAACCUCACCGUGCUGAAGCUGCUGCUUUGGCUGGUUCUGCUGGGUCUCUUCUCUGAGCUGGACUUCGGGCUCCCCUUCUUCCUCAUCUCCCUGUUUUACUGGCUGUACGCGGGUCUGCGCAGCCCGGGUGCGAGGCAGCCCGGAGAGCUCAGCGCGUACUCCGUCUUCAACCCGGACUGCCAGCCGCUGCUCGGCACGCUCACCGCGCAGCAGCUGGAGGGGGAGCUGGGCUACCGGCCGCUGGCUAACAGAUAGCCGGGCGAGGAGGCCAGCCUGCCGCUACGGACAGUGAGAGGAGUCACUGCCGCUUUAACAUGCUCAAUGGAAGUUUCGGGUGUUCCUGCUUCUGCAGCAGCCUGUGGACUGUUAGUGGUGUGAGGGAAUUGUGUUGAAACCAAAACUGGACCUCUCCACUCAGUUGUAGCUCAGGAGACACUCACAGGUUAACACUGUUGUUGUCCUUAUACUCCAGCACAGAGCCAGCUGAUCUCAGCUGCUCUAAACUGCAGAAUACGUCCUCACUACUGUUCACCUCUAUGGCUGUGCAUGAUAGUCUACUAAAACAGUUAAGGUAAAGUUUGUGUAGAUGGAAAUAUGCAUUGAAGUUCAUAAUGUAUGACAAAAGUCUGUGUUACACACGCGUAGAGGUCCAUUUGCAGUGAUGUGGAGGGAGGCAGGGCUGAGUGCCACACGUGUACUGACAGAACUCAAAGGGCUGGUUCUGCAGAGGGGGCUGCACCUAAACAGACUGAAUAUGAACACGAGUGUUCACCUGAGUGUUACAUUCAUUGUUUUCAGGGAAUAUCUUGAAGGAAUAAACAUUACUAUGCUGUAAAAACCGUGAUGAUGAAUGGAAGAGGAGGAAUGUGUGUAAAGGAGCCGUCA